AGCAGUGAUGUCCCUGGACCAAGUACCCAGUGGGAACACGGGGGGGUGAAAGUCAACAGCUGCCACGCACAAUGGGUUAAAGCUUUCAAUCCCUGGAGCAAAACACCAGCCCCAAUCAAACCCAUCAGAACCCAUCAAGCCACACUGCACCAUGUCAAGAACCUCCGGAGGAGACAAACUGCUUAACGAGCUUGGCUACAAGCUAGGCCAGACCCUGGGUGAGGGCAGUUACUCCAAGGUGAGGGUGGCCACCUCAGCCAAGUACAAGGGCCCACUAGCUAUCAAGGUGGUGGAUCGGCGCCGGGCACCCCCCGAUUUUGUACACAAGUUUCUACCACGGGAGCUCUCCAUCCUGCGGGUGAUCCGGCACCCCAAUAUCGUGCGGGUCUUUGAGUUCAUCGAGGUCUGCAAUGGGAAACUCUACAUUGUGAUGGAAGCAGCAUCCACUGAUCUGCUCCAGCUGGUGCAGCGACUGGGGAAACUACCUUGUGUCCCAGAGGCCCGGGACAUCUUUGGACAGAUCGUGGGUGCUGUGCGCUAUCUUCAUGACCGGAACCUGGUGCACCGGGACCUCAAGUGUGAGAACGUCUUGCUCACCUCUGACGGCCGCCGAGCAAAGCUCACUGACUUUGGCUUUGGCAAGGAGGCACAUGGCUACCCAGACCUGAGCACCACCUACUGCGGAUCAGCUGCCUAUGCCUCCCCCGAGGUGCUGCUGGGCAUUCCCUACGAUGCCAAGAAGUACGACAUAUGGAGCUUGGGGGUGGUGCUCUAUGUGAUGGUGACUGGCUGCAUGCCCUUUGAUGAUACCCACAUCCACAGCAUGCCCCGCCGCCAGAAGAAGGGUGUCCUCUACCCUGAUGGUCUUCCUCCUCUGCCUGAGCCCUGCAAAACCCUCAUCGCCCAGCUACUCCAGUUCAGUCCAGCUUCCCGGCCUGGGGUGGGACAGGUGGCCAAGAACUGCUGGCUGAAAGGGGAUGUCUAAAAGGGCAAAGCUCCCCCAUAUAUUCCAGCCCUAGGACACGUGCAGGGACAGCUGGGGCACCAACCCUGUGGAGCAGCAUGUUAAACAGAUAUUGACAAUGAGGAGCUGGAAAGGACUAGGGUCAUUUACAGGUGCAACAGCCACAUGAAGCUGAUAGUAAGAUUUAAAGCAAUGAUGGGACUACAUGUUGCUAGAAGAAGGUUAAAGGCCCAACCACCCUAUGAAGCUGCUGAAGGUUGGAUUUCAAGGGACCAGGACCAUGCUGAGCUAGUGGCAAGAAUGACAAAUGGGGCUGUUUAAAGAAGCAUUUACCACAGGGACUAUUGGAGUACCAUCAACUUACCAGUGGCAGCAGGAAGGAGAUAGUCCCCCCUGCAGGCAGAUUUGGACUUCACCACAACGCCUGAAGGCGGCAGCAUACGGGUGAGAUGGUGGGACAAAUAGCAGCAAAGAUCUUUGUGUCACCUACUCCCUAAUGGACUAUAAUAAACUCUGAAGUUCCCAUG